GAGUGUUUUAUCAAUAGCUCUCGGUAAGAUAUUUUGUAAACAAAUCGUGAUGGGUGUUUCUAUUUUUUUAGUGUUCAAGUGUCUUAUUAGUAUUAUGGCGGUAGAAGGAAUAACAAUUUCAGAUAACAAGAAGGCACGUUGCGUAGAAAAUGGUCAUUUUUAUAGGGAUCCAGACAGAUCUGCACAUACAAUGUGGACACAGGAAGAAUGCUCCAAAUAUUUUCUAUGUUUGGAUGGAGAAGUGUUCGAUUUUAAAUGUUCCACUGGGUUACUUUUUGAUGUAAACAGACAGAUAUGUGAUUUUAAGUUAAAUGUGGAUAAUUGUGAUCUCACAACAGAGGCAGUUAUUCCAAAACCCCUGUUAAAGACAGCCAAUUGCAAGGAGCGCAACUAUCUUGGAUGCGCUGAUAGCACAUGCUUGCCACAAGAAUAUUUCUGCGACGGUUCAGUGGAUUGUCCAGAUGGUAGUGAUGAAGGACAUUGUGAUAUUCAUAACGACCCGAAUGCUGCCAGUCCUUGCAAUCCUAAAAAAUGUUCAUUGCCUGAUUGUUUUUGUUCGGAGAAUGGUACCAAAAUACCAGGAAAUCUUCAGCCCUCUGUUAUUCCUCAAAUGAUUAUGCUGACUUUCGACGACGCUGUAAACGAUGAUAAUUGGGACCUUUACAGUAGAGUGCUCUUCUCAAAGUUUUACCAAAAUCCCAACAAAUGUCCCAUUAAAGCAACAUUCUUUAUCAGCCAUCAGUACAACAACUACCAAUACACGCAGAAGUUGUGGAAUGAGGGACAUGAAAUCGCAAUACAUUCCAUCACUCAUAGAGGACCUGAAGACUGGUGGACAUAUAAUGCGACAAUCGAAGAUUGGUUCGACGAAAUGGUGGGUCAAGCAAACAUCCUAAAUAGAUUUUCAAAGGUCAGAAUGGAAGAUAUAAAAGGAAUGAGGGUACCUUUCCUAAGAAUUGGAUGGAAUAGACAAUUUCUAAUGAUGAAAGAAUUUGGAUUCGUAUAUGACAGUUCAAUGGUUGUGCCAUUUUCCAAUCCACCACUCUGGCCAUAUACGAUGGACUAUAAAAUGCCUCAUAGGUGUGUAGGUUCUAAACAACUUUGUCCUUCGAGAUCGUAUCAUAAUAUUUGGGAGCUACCUAUGAACCAAUUAGAAGCAGGAGAAUUUACUUGUGCUAUGGUUGACUCCUGUCCAUCAACUAUGACUGGAAAUGAAGUUUACGAACUGCUAAUGCACAAUUUUAGGAGGCACUAUUUAAGCAAUAGAGCUCCAUUUGGACUAUACUUUCAUUCCGCCUGGUUUAAAAAUUCAAGUUAUCUCUCAGCUUUUCAGAAAUUUCUAUCUGAUGUUUUGAAACAAACUGAUGUUUGGUUUGUCACCAAUUGGCAAGCUAUCGAAUGGAUGAAACGGCCUAGAACUCUAGACAAAAUACACACAUUUGAGCCAUGGAGCUGCAAAAAGCGGUUUGAAAAGUCUGAAAUAGCAUGUAGUGUGCCCAAUGUAUGUAAACUUCACAGUCGAGUUUUUCAACAAGACAGGCAUCUUCAAACAUGCUCUGAAUGUCCACAAAAGUACCCCUGGAUAAGGAAUGAAUUUGGACUUGAUUGACAGAAGCCAUUUUUAUGUAAUAGACUGAUGUAAUUUAUGUUAAAUCUAUAGUAAAUAGUUCAUCACUUCUGACGGUAUACAUUAACGUUACAUAUUAUUUGGUUUAUGAAUCAACAAAAUGGUUUAACUACAUUUUGUGCCCAAUGACUGUCAUUACUAAUUCCGAUGUAGAAACUUAGUUACAAGUGCAAUUGUUCAGUUGAAAAACAAAAUGAGAUGUAAAUUAUUUAUUACGAUUAUGUAUAUAGUAUACCUAAUAUAAUGUAUUAAACUAUAAAAA